AACACAUGUGAUUUCAAGUUGUAGGUAUACCUCCUGCUCAACUAAGUACAUGUGUACCUAGGCAUCAUGAUAGCUAUGCCCAGCUCUUGUUCAUCGCUCACGAACACUAGCCCAUUGCGUAGUCUCUCAAUCACUUCUAGACAUGGCUGUCAAAUAUGAUCAAAGCUUGAGAGCCAUCACCAACUACCUACAUAGCGUAGGUAGUAUGCGGGAUGACGACCGUUGUGGUGAGGUACAGUGCGUUCCACACCGUGUUCAAGGGUCCUGAGUGGGUGGGGCAGCUGUUGAAUUCUUUUCGGUGGUUCGUUCUGGUGAUCGGACAACGGCAAGAGAGCAGCAAAGCAAAAAAAAAAAAAAGAGUCAGAAUACCCCCUAGUCCUGUUGAGACAGGCUGACGACGGCUGCGCACCGGUGAAGCUGACACAACCGCUACGCGGACCCGUCGUAGUCCGUACUGCGAGCCAAAUUAUCCGCGUGAGGGCUGUCCUGUCUCGUCGAGGACCUUUUGCCAUAUCAUGCUGACCGAAUCUUACUUCGUGUCGGUGUCGGGGCCACCUCUGGCCAACAACACGUCCAUCCCAAAAGACGCAGGCGUAUAUGAACAUACUCUCCACCCGACCCAUGCUACUUCAGCAAUCCUGAAGAAGAGCUCGGUCCCGACCGCCGGGCUGGCUCUGAGCGACACUCAUGUUUUCGCUGCUCAGCAGGACAAGUCCACUGUUCACGUCUAUGCAAGACCAAAGGGGAAUCAAGAAGCAGUUGUCAACUUCCCUGAGCGCAUCCGUAGCAUCGCACUUAGCGGCGAUGUGCUCUUCUUAGGAACACAAGAGGGACGAGUCAUCGUCUGGGAGGUUUGCACCGGACGGCAGGUCACCACACCCCCGUGUCAUGUCCAGGCCGUGAACUGCAUAGCCGUUACACCUUAUCACUUACUCACAGGCUCCGAUGACUCCAAUGUUCAUGUCUGGUCUCUCGCUCGCUUGCUAGAGCUUGACCCGACCAUCGAGCACGAGCCUCAGGAGACGCUAUCAAAUCACCGAGCAGCCAUCACUGCAAUUGUUGUGUCUCAGAGCGUAAAUCGUGAUACCAACAUCUGCAUCUCUGCGAGCAAAGACAGGUCUUGUGUUAUAUGGAACUACCAACUAGGCACGCCGCUCCGUACCGUGCUGUUUCCAAGUGCCCCUAUUUCACUAGCUCUAGACCCAUGUGCUCGUGCUUUCUACGCUUCUACUGAGGAUCGAUCGCUCUAUGCUAUCGAAAUGUUUGGCGAUAAUGCGCUAUUUGGUCCUCAAAGUGGUGGAGAAGGUUCCGCUGCUAUGCAAGCCCCAGCCGCCUUCGGUGCGGCGCCUCAGGAAGCCGGCCCAGCUACAUGUCUGGGAUUGAGCUACGACGGGACAAUUCUACUAUCGGGACACCCUCAAGGCCAGGUUCGACGAUGGGAUCUUAGCAGCCGGACAGACUCUACAGAGCUCGCAAGCUUGAACACCAACAUCAGCAAUAUUAACUUCGUCUCACCCCUGUCUUCUCCCAAACCAACUCGACCUACCGCCAUAGUCAAGCCCUUCCUUGGAAGUCGGAGCUACAACUUCACCUCUCAAAUUGCCUCCGACAUAGUGAAUGAGACGCGGUUCUCUAAUAUGAUGACUUCAAGCGGCCUGCCUCAGGAUAUGCUAGAGCAGGCUAUUAUCGCAUUUCAGGAACCUGCUGCUAAUGCUGCCGGGGAUGCCGAACUUCAGAAGGAGAACGAAGAGCUGUGGGAGAUCAUUAAUGAGCAACGCGCAUUACAGAAAAAGACACUAGAGCGAUACGUUGCUGCUACAACUACGAAAGCAUGAGAUUACACUCUUAUCGAAUCCCAAUGCGCAGACUGUCAACCGUUGAAGUCAACUGCUAUGUAAGUCUGACGUUUGGGGCGACUGUAGGGUUGCGCCUAAAACGGACACUUGCCAAUUACAGAGAUUUCGAUAUCGAAUUCCCACGAUUUGGAAAAACGUUCGCCUACGUCGCAAACGGCAUAGUAGGAGACA